AGACAACAAUGGGAAAAAUUGAAUGAACGAAUUCUACGUUAAAAGGGCUGCAAUAAAUAUGUCUCGCACAUGCUAUUUAGGCCUGUUAUUGUUAAUUUGUAAUAAAAUAACGGAAGCAAAUGUACGGUUCGUUUGCCCGAGACCGAUAAGCCCACGAUCUGACGAAGAAUCUGUAACUUAUAUGGUUAGUAAAACUUAAACUGACUUAAAUUAGAAGUAAAAGUUUAAAAAUUAAAUGCAAAGCAAAGCACCCAAAGCUUAACCCUCUGGAGCGGAGCCUUUUUGGGGUGUAUGUGCCAAAAAGACGGAGCAAUUUUUACGAGCUCGAGACUCGCAUUGCAAAAAAAUUUAUAAAAAAUAAACUAUUCCCUUAAUAUAUGUAAAACUAUAUAUAGGCCCGGUUAAAGUGCAGUUCAGGUGCGUAUAUUAUUUCUUAGCGCAUUUCGUAUUUUAAAAAAAUUUUAUCAUGUAAACUUACGUGUAUUCUUUAAUAAUUAAAUACAGGCAGUUAUAGUUAACUAAUUCUGGAUUAUAAAUCGCAUCUUUUCUUUUUAUUUUACUUCUAAAGAGUCUUUAAACAUCCCCCAACCAAAGUGUCACAGCCCCCAUUUGUUUGUAUUUUUCUUUUUACGCUAUGCCAGAUUUUUAGCCACCUAUAAGUUAGUAUGCUAAACGAAAUUUUCAAACUAAGCAUGUUCACAAAAAAGAAUGAAAUACUAGAUUCUUCAUUACGCACAAGCGCCCCCCCCCCCCCAACUUUCUUUUUUUCCCCUCUCAGAGAGCUCGGAAUAUAGGGGUUGUCCUUUGAAGUCGGGUCGGGGAGGGGGGGGGGGAUUAGAAGUGGAUCACUGACUAAGCAGUGGACACACACGUCAUCAUUGUCCUGCACCUGGUGUGAAGCUGAUCACCCUGAAGGCUGCUAAUACGCUGUCCAUGAUUAGUCAGCUCUAAUUUGAGCACCCCCUCCUCUUUUUUCGUAUGCAAAUGCGCUUAUUACUGGUGACUGAUUUGCGCUGAGUAAAGUGAGGGCUAGUGAUUAUUUUUUUUAUAUUAUAAGAUGGACUCGUUUUGGCUUUGCGGUAUUGCUGGUUGUAGGAUCAUUUUGUUUAAAAUUGCAGGACGACCAAGAAACAAUAACUAAAAUGCAACAGGCAUUUUUAAUGGUGCAGCAUUUGGUUUAAACGCGCACCUUGUGGGGCAACAAAUAACGUUAAUACAACUGGAAUUUCUCCUAAGGCGCUCGUAACAAUUGCAAUGUGGCUUGUAAGCUGGGUUCGUAUGUCAAGUAUGUGAGCUCCCCAUAAUUACCGGGAUCGGAAUCUCACCGAAACGGGAUCCCGCCGGAUAGGGUUCUCAUUUAGUUUGGGAUACCACCGGAAAUGGAUCUCACCGGGAUCAGUAUCUUACCGGGAUCGGGAUCCCACCAUGACCAGGAUUCUAUCGGAAUCCCAUCGGGUUCGGGAUCCCAUCAUGAUCCUUCCGGGUGCCAUCGGAAAACGGGAAAAACGAAAGGUUUACAUAAGUUAUUUUAAUUGUUUUUAAAAGGAGACAAAUUAAUUAUUAUUAUUUUUACUAUAGUCUUGUUGUUUUGUUGUUGACAUUUCGUUUAAUAGCAAUGUUAACUAAAAGGACGGAACAGAUGUUUUUGUCUGAAUGCAGCCCCAGGCAAUUCCGGUUAUAGUUGAUAGUAAAGUUAUAAAAUAAAUACAUCAUUUAUUUCAACAAGAUUCAUCCAAUUGGGCAACUUUUAUAAAGUAUAUUUAAAGACAGAAGAGUUAUCCUUGAUUUACCACAAUGGCUCCGUAAAACACGAAAGAUUCAUAAAAUGUACUUUUUUUAUCUCGUAAAAUUUGUUAAAUUGUUGUUGUAUUCCAAUAAAAAGAUGGUAUAUAACUUUUAAAAUACUUUUUAUAAAGAAUUAACAUAAGUUUACACGGGAAAAUAAGAGAUUCAAACAGAAAUAAUAUACGCACCUGAACUGCACUUUUACCUAUAGGCCCUAUUCUUGUAGGAAAUUGAAUGAACUAAUACAAUCUUUAUGAAUCAAACUGACAUAUCAAAAUUUAUGCAAAUGAGGUACCCUUAUUUGCAUAAUUUAUGCGUGUAAUUUUUUGUUACACCUAGAACAAACAUGACUUACUUGUAUCAAUUGUGUGAAUUUUUUGAUGGAUGAAGCCUGAAUAAGUCCUAAUACUUAUUUUUGGGGGGAAAAGGGCCCAUGAAGGCCCUUCAGACACCUCUGGCACAUGGUUCUACUCCUUUCCCACCCCCACCCCCUAUUUUUCAGUUGUUACAGACACACUGUAACAGGCCCCCAUUUAUAACCUAGGGACCUUCUCUUAAGCUGAAUGUUACUGACAAAUGUGUCUGCAUAUCAAUUUUAUUUUUGGGGGGAAAAGGGCCCAUGAAGGCCCUUCAGACACCUCUGGCACAUGGUUCUACUCCUUUCCCACCCCCACCCCCUAUUUUUCAGUUGUUACAGACACACUGUAACAGGCCCCCAUUUAUAACCUAGGGACCUUCUCUUAAGCUGAAUGUUACUGACAAAUGUGUCUGCAUAUCAAUUGGUCUCUCUCAUUAACACUUGAGUGAUAUUUAGUGUAAAAAAUAGCAUAAAAUACUCAAAUGGGGUGCUUAUGACUUAUUUAUAGGACUUAUGUUGUCUAAAAAUUCAGAGGGGUCAUCUCUGUCCAUUUGAGGACCCCUAAUACUAGUAAUACUAAACCAAGAGUUCACAACAUUAGCAUUACCCUCAAUUUGAAAGUCUUCAUUAAUUCCCUGGUUGUUUUCAGCAGAUUCAGUGUCAAAUUCACUGCUAGAAUAUCAAAAUUACUAAGCACAGUUUGAUCAGAGUCACUGUCAGACAUGUUCGAAAUUCACGAUGUAACUACACACACACAAAAAAAUUCCAGCAAACAAAUAAAUUGAGUUCACCUUCAACGAACGCCGCCAUUACAAUGCCGGGAUGUGCAGGAAUACGUAUGAAUAAUUUUGAUUCGCUGGUACAACGCCAAGCCAGCCAAUCGUGAGGCUCGAUCUAUCAGGCCGACGGCUCGGACUUGACGUCUUUCUCGCUAGUGUACCUCGGGCCGAUAGAUCGGCCCUUACGUCUCCAGAGGGUUAAAUUUAAAUAAAAACUUACCAUUUUCUUUUAAGCCGGCUAAAAUGCAGUUAGUGGCAGGGCCGGCAAUGUCUUCUACGGUAUGUACUAUAGGUCAUGGAGGUUCCCCAGGUCAACUAUCGGCCAAAAUAUUUCAAAAACUACAUAGGCCUACUAAUACUGUAUUUAUUUUUAUUUGAUACAUUUAAAAAAAAAAAAUUUGUCUUAAAGAGGGGGGGGCGGGGUGUGUCUCCCCUCCCAAAAAAAAAAAAAAUUGUGUUGAAAUGUCCCUUUUAACUGUGACAUUAUAAUUAGAUAAAUAAAUGGCAUAGCCUACAGAUAUUUUGUUUUCAACUAUAAAAAAAUAGCACUUUUAACCAUGCACAUCUUUUUUAAGGUCUUCAUCUUGGGGUAUCAGCAAGGAUGAUUUUCUCUUGUUAUUUCUUUUGAACUAAUGAGUGGCAUUUGAAUAUAGGUAUUUUGUUUUCAACCAAUACAAAUAACAAGCACUUUUAACCAUGUGCAUCUUUUUUCAUGUGUUCAUCUUGGGAUAUCAACAAGGAUGAUUUUUCUCUUUUUCUUUAAAAACAUCUUUUCAGUUGGUCAAAAAUGCAGUACUUCAAUAAUGAAGAAAAAAAGUCAUGUAUAAUUUUCCUUGCUCUAAAUAUUUUUCAAUUAGCUAAUUUGCCCAGCUCAAACAUGAUGCCAUUUAAUAAAUGAAUGCCAUCAUUAUUUUACUUAGACUCCAAGCUCUUGUGAAAAAAGUGAUGGCAGUUCCAAAGAGGAUGUACUGGAUAUUUCAGCAGGGCUUUUCACUGUUAGAUUUGAGGAGACCAGAUUUCAUCCUGGUAAUACAUUAGAGUCAGUAACUUUAACAUAACUUUGAAAUUUUUAAAGUAUUAUUUUCAAAACCAUAGAUCCUCUUUAAAAUAUCUUGACCUCAAAUUUCUAAAUAUUUCAGAAAUGUGAUUCUGCUUCUGCAAAUGCUCUUUUGUGUGUCUUGUUCAUUUAGGUUCACCUUUCCGUAUUUUAUUGGUGGGCGCUUCUCAGCAUAGAAGUUUGAAGCCUUCCAAUGGCACAAAUUUCACAGUUUCAAAUGAAAUCAUCAAACAGAGCUGUUUACUACUUGAUCAUAUCCCUCACAAUAACCAGGCUGUAAUCUCUAAGGAUUGUAUGCUAAAAGUAAGUCUUUAAUAUGCAUAUGUAAGGCCCAAAAACUUAUAAUUAAUGUCUUUAUAGUUUCAAGAGCUAAAACUAUUUUAUUCAUGGCAAUUGAGAUCAUAUCUAUGUUUUUUAUAAGUCACUGAUUAUGAUAAAUUAUAUUAAAAAUAAAAAUAAAAUAGUUACUGGAAAGAAAAUUUGUUGCUGAAUGUGAGCAAUAGCAGUAAUUUAUGUAUAAUUAUUGUUACACAUUACUUAAAAUUAAUUUUCAAAAUUCUCAGAUGUGUCUCUAUCUUCAAAUUAUUAGUUAUGUUUGUCUUCCCAGGGAAAUGACUAUCCACUUGGCGUCUGUAAUGGGAGUACCUACUAUGUGACCAUUUACAUACCAGACUUGGCUUGUGAUGACUGCUCACUAAUGUUACAACAAAUAAUCCCUAGCCCAGGUAUUAUUAUUAAGUACACAGCAUAAAAAAGAACCCACAUUAUAGAAAGAGAAACAUUUAAAGGCAUAGUAAUCAUUAAAGUAAGUGAGAGAUUUGCAGUAUAAAAAAGUAAAUAUAAAACAAAAGUUAGUUUAAAAUUCAAAAUAAAAUAUAUUCUUUGUCAUGAGCUCAAAAGAACUGACUACUACCAUUUUGAUUGAUUGAUUGAUUUGAUAUUUAUAUUGCGCCGGUAUCCAUGCUAUUUUAGCAUGCUCACUGCGCUCUGGUCCUCAGAAUUCUAUUUAAACAAAAAAGUUUUUAAUUGUUUUUUAAAUGAUUUUUUAUCAUUUACAAUUCCCCUCAAAGAUUGAGGCAAACUGUUCCAUAAAUUUGGCGCUAUCGCUUCAAAAGAGCUCACUCCGUACGACUUUUUUCUGUGUUUAUCCACUCUACUUGUUGGUUACUGUGGCUGAUAGCUAUGAUAUUACUUAUGCAGGUAAUAAAUUAUGUGAUGUGACACAGCUAAAUGACACUGGCAAUGCUACAGAUUGUCAGAUGUACACCAGCUGCUCUAGGGUCAGAAUAAGGUAAUCACAACCUUUAAAAAUAAUCAUAAGAUUCCUGGUAGGGCAUCCCUUAAGGCAUGAGUGGGCAAACUAAUUUCUAAUUUUCUUUUUUAUUUUAAGCAGUCCUUGAUAAUAGAAAUCAACAAUUGAAGUGUCAAUGUACUCGGUUUGUGCCUAAAUAAAACCAUUGAUAGAUAAUAAAAAUUUUUAUAUAUUAAAAAAAUUGUAAAAUCUUGUAAACAAAUUAGUAAAUGUUUGUGUCUACUUUGUAAAAUAUAAUGUAUAAGUGUAUAUGGGGGAAAAAAUCGCAAUAAUUCACAAUUCCUUAUUGAGAGGUUGCUGUAACCAAAGUGGACAUAAUAUAUAUAUGUGCAACCCCCCCCCCAAUAACUUUAGAUUUGUCAGUGUGGCCAUACGUACAAAAAGUUUGCCCACCCCGGCCUUAAGGAAUAUUAAGCAUAUAACAGUUAAGUAAUUUUUUAUUACCACUUUCUGUUGUAUCAUCUAUACAAGUUUCAUUAAGAUUAAGAUGCAGUAUUUUGUCCAUGAAAAUCAUCUUAACCUCAUUUUAUCAAGAGCUUUUUAAAAUAAUAUUUUAUUAAUUCAGUUUAAAAGCAAAUAACUAUUUAUUUAGGAUUAAUUUGCUUUAAAUUUUUUAUUUAAAAUACUGUUUCUCAAUUUUAGAUGUUAAAUGACCUCCAGACUUAUGUUAAAAGCAACAUAUAUUAAUCCUUUAAUAAUUUGAAUGAUUGUUUUUAGACCCUCACCAGAUGGUAUUGGUAGGGACUUGAGCUUUUGUUCUGACUACCUGAAAAACAUGCCUGGUGACUGGCCAUACAGGCCCCAAGAUUUAUUUAAGGUGAGAAAUUUGAGAGAGAUCAUAAAGAACCACAACAUAUUGAGAAGGAACCUUACUAUUAUCACUAUGGAACUUUUUUAACUCUUUCAAUGCGGAACAACGCACACUGCGUUCUUCCGCCGUUCUCAAAAGCACGGACCAACGCGCUGUGCGUUGUUUCAAUAUCACGUUUCUUUAAUUGCUAUUUCUCGGUUAAACUUUUUAAGCGCUAUUUUUAAAUAAGACUUUUACAUAGAAGAGUGGUACUUCAUUGUUUACAAUCGAAACCAAGGCUUAUUUAUUGUCAAUUGAAGCAUUAUUUUGACGAUUUUCUUCGCGUUUUUUUUUUUUUUUUACUGUUGCUAUGGCGACCCUAGGCUCUAGUAGGUACGUUUCCGAGACGAUUAACAGUUAAAAAAGCUUUGAAAUUCUUUUAUAAUAUUUGUUUUGACAGCGAAGAUGAUUUAUAUUUAGAUGCAUCGCAUGAUUCCGAUGGUAGUAGUUUUAGAGGAAUUGAUUUAUAGAAUUAAAGAUGAUGUAUGCGUAUAUUGUUGGGUUUGGGGAAAAAUGGUUUAGCAUAAAAUAUUUUCACAUUUUAUGGUUCUUUCGUGUAACUUAUUUUUUUUAAACUGUAGAAACUAGUGUACAAAUAUAUAGUCCUUUUAAUUACCUUUCAUUUGAUACUAAGUUUAGUCUUAUAAACCAAAGAAUAAUAUUUUUAAUAUUUUUUUUAAAAAACCAACCUCUCACUCUUUUUCCGCUCUUCGAAAAAAAUUUACAUUUUUUGGAUGAAAAAAUUCCGCAGCAAAAGAGUUAACGUAAAUAACAAAUAAUAACAUGUAAGCCAAUAUAACUUCUACACAAGACUUAUAACACCAGGACAGUAAAUUUCAAUAUUUCUUUCUGUUUACCUUUGUAAAGAACUUAUGGCAAACAACUAGUAUGAAGCUAUGUUCCAAAAUAUAUCAUUGACAUUGUUUUAAUAGGUUUUGUUUUGAAGAGUUCUGCUUUUUUUAUGUUUGUGUCCUAAAUACAUCUGCACUUUCCUUAUUAAUAAUAAGGAUAUCUAUCCAUUGUGCUUCCGUGAAAUCUGCAAGUGUACAGGUACAGAAUUUUUCAGGCAUGUUACGUAAUACAGAUAAUGAAACCAAUUUGGAGCUGGCUAUCUAUCAGUUAUAGUGUCUUAGCUUCUACUAAGGCAGUGGUUCCCAACCUUUUUGACUCACUUUUUAGAAUCAGUUUUUGUGGGGGAGCCCCAGAGGUGUAUACAAAAGGGGGGUAAGGAUCAGAGUGGGGUGGGGGAUAAAGUUUAUCCAUGUAAAAAAAAUUAAAUGGGAAAGAAACAAUACAAAUAUGCAAUAUUUUUUAAUGGGGUGAAGAUUUUGUAAGAGAAAAGGAUGGUCAUUUUUAUUGUUAGGUUUGGGAUGGGAUUUGAACUCUAACCCUCUAGGGAGAAACAAGGUGUUUUGACAGACAGCCACUAGAAGAAUAUGGUGAAGAAAAGAAAAUUAUAGGUCUACUAAAUUUAUUUUUUUAAUAAUGACAGGAUUUGAUGUUUUGAUUUACUGAAAAUGUGAAGAAUUAUUGAGCUGUUAGUGAAAUUAUAAAAGUUUGUUACCAAUCUUAUUAUUGAAUAGUCAUCAAUGUUCUAAUAAUUUUUUAACUGUAAAUUUUGUAUUACUAAUAUGCAUGAUUGUGGUGAAUAGAGUGCUGUCUAAAGGUUGGGUGCCCUUCAUUAUGGCCACAAAAACAAUUACAUCUGUGGUGAAUAGAAUGUUGUCAAAGGUUGUCUCCCUUCAUUAUGGCCACAGAAACUAUUGCAGAGUCAAACACUUCUUUCCUCCUAGCCCCUGCAGAGCUGAUGUGUUGUUUGAAUCAAAUGACACAAAGCUGUGAAAAGUUCAGGCUUCUUUAUUUACUGGCUUCAUAUGCAUGACAGUUGAAAAUCCAUUAGAAAUAAUAAUUGCUGUUCAUUGCAGAAUAUUUAGGCUUGUCCAAAAAUUCUACACAUUUUUUUUUUAAAUAUAGGAACAGCCCUCCUAGUGAAAAAUAGAUUAACUCCCUAUCCAAAAAUAUAAAUUUACUCCUCUAAUAAAUAAUAUUCACGGUCUCUCACGAAAAUGUACACACCUUUUUUUCCCCAUGUGGUUUUUCCCAACACUAAGCCGCAGUCAUGUGUGACUGAGUUAAAUUUGUUAUUGAAGGGCAAACAACAAAAAGAAAAAACACCAACGCUCACUCACACAACAUAACAAACAUCAUGACCUGAUAAAGCAGAACCACAUGAUGAUUUCUGAUCGUGACAAUAGUCAACUCCCAUAUUAAACGCCAAUGGGCAAUACCAUGACUUAAUUCGAUGACUGGCAUGACCCACACACAAAAUUUACAAAGUCCAAGGUCGGGGGGGGGGGAGGAUGAUGACACACCACCAUAUGUUUUACAAGUUAAUAAAGGUGCCUGAAGCAGCCAUGGAGCCACGCAACACAGAAAUAGUUAAAUUAUUUAUGUCACUUUCUUGAUAGAAAAAAAAAAAAAUCUGUGCAUAAUUUAAGUUGUUGACAACCUCUGUAUGAUUUUAAAUUUGUCUCACAAAGCUGUUUGUGAGGGGCAGAAAAAAAAUCAUUUUGUUUUACUGUUAUACCAGACUGAUCAAGGAGCUUCUUUAACACUGGAUAUUUUACACAAGAAUCUCCACAUUCUAGUUCCCAGUGGUCUUAAAUUGUGAGUAUCUUUUUACAGAAAUCAAUAUAGCUAGUGCUCGACUUACGACCGCGAUCAGUUCCGACAAACCAGUCGUAACACGAUUUGGGCGUAACUUGAGUAUGCUAUGUGUACAGUAAUGUGAUGUUAUAAAAAUAUUCAAGUUAAAUUAUAUCAUUUUAUUUUUGUUAUAAAUCAUAAUUUUCGAUGUUCACAACCGCCGAUGAUUCUAGACAACCCUGUUCGACUGAUAAUUGAGGCAGAAAUAAUUCUGAUACAGUAUGGCUAGUGAUUGUGGGUGUAAAGUCGAAUGGUUGUAAGUUGCAUAGGUCGUAAGUCGAUGACUUGCUGUACUGUAUUUGAUAUUUCAAUUUUAGGGUAAGAAUUUUCUUCUACUAAGUAUACCAUUUGAUAUCAUAGUAUUGUAAUGAUCUUCUACAAAAUUAUUGCUCAACCAGGCUUGUUAAUUUUGCUCAUAUUGUCUUUAAACCGCAACAUGACUAGUUCCUACAGUGUCACUGUUAGGUACCGUUGUAUGGUUUUUUGUACAUAUAAUCUGCUUUAAUUUUUGGUUUGUUUUUUCACCAGUUUACCAAUUAAAAGAAUAUAUAAAGAGUAAAAAAUUAACAGAAAUAAAAACUACAUUAACUUACAGCAUAGCAAGUGGAAAAAGUACAUUCACUGGCCGCAAGAUAUUCAACUUAAAAAAAAAAUAUUAUCUUGCGUAGCAUUUAUUUUAAGAAAAUUUGAAAAGUGACAACACAAAAAUAUUUAUUUUUAUUCAUACAUUACAUAAUGCUUCUCUGUGCACCACAUUUUACAUCAAUUUUUUUACCUUUAAAUCAGGGGACCAAUAGAAAGAGUGGAAGUUCGAGAAAAUACCUCCAUCAUUUGGAAUGUGACUGUGACAGAAAAACACGGCAACUCUGAUCCAGUUGUUGUCACAUGGAAAAAUCUUAGUGCUACUGAACAUGAAGAAUUAUCAGUAGGUCAUUGUAUUUUUGUGUGAACUUAAGAGUCAUGAGGACUGUUUGUAAGAAACAGUUGGAGACAAUUGGUUGCAGGGUGAGAAUUAUACAAGAGAAAUACUUUUUUUUUUUCAUUCAUUUUUAUGUACAAAUCUGAACAAAACAACAAUCCGUAAUACAAAUUUUUUGCUGUUGUUAAAUUUAUUUCUGCAUUUUUCAAAUAGAAAAACAAGCUGGUGUUGAAUGUUGUGGGCUCUGAAAAAUCUUUAGCAGAAGAUAUUCUAUACACAGGACAGGUAGGCUACAAAUUAUUAGAAGUGUUGUUUAGCUCUGGUAGUUUUAUUUUUGUUAAGUUGGUAAAGUGAAUUAUGUUCUUAAGAUGAUACCCUAAACUUGUAAAAAUUAUAAAUUAGAAAGUAAAAUCUAUUUCAUUUUGUUGCUGUAAAAUGCCGGUAUAAAAUCACCAAUAAACUGGUAAAUGAAUGUGGUAGAACCAAGGUCUAAAGCCAUGCAACAUUUGAUAUUAUGGAAUACAAAACUUAAAUGAAACACUUUACGCUAUUUUGCUUUCCAUUAUGAUUGAACAAAUCUAAUUAAAGCAUCAAUAUAAAUUGUAAAAAAAAAUUUGUUUACACUAUUUUUGUUUAUUAAAAGGAACUUAACUGUUUCUAAUUAUUUUAGUUUUUGAAACUUUUAUUUCAUCAGCACUUUACCGAAGGCCGGCUUGGUGCACUCCAUGAAAAAUACAGUGACAGUGGCUGGCUGGUAUCCAGCAAAUUUCUGGGUCCACUGGCUGAAGACCCUAUAGCAGCAAUACCCUCGGGACCUUGUGCGCCUAUUGGUUCUUACUAUAUGGUGACUUUCCUUGACCAAUCUUUAGUUGAGCUCACAGUUUAAGCCUUUUAAGAAGUUUAUUACCCGUUUUAAGAGUCAAUUUUGAAGUAUUUAGAAUUUAUCCCAGUGUGGAAGACUUUUUAUUAUCUGUUAUUAUAUUGAGAAAAGGAGUGCCAGUUAAAUAAUUUAAUAGAUGGCACAUAUCCCACGAUUACUGUAAGACUACUCUCUUGUGCUACUUGUAACCGACGUGCACUCGGUCUGAUACUUCCUAGUUAUUAAUGACAGGUAUUGCCAUGAAAGCACGGGACAAUGCAGAGCAUCUCUUCAUCACCAUUAACUUUGAUUCACAUUGAAGAUUCACAAUAUAAAAUAGAUAUCCGAAUUGGAAUGAAAUAAUUGUCAUGACAUCAUAUACUUCAUACAUUUUAUACUCCAAACAGAUGCAAGAUGGCUGUUCCGAUUUGAUGUGAUAUAAUCUUAGCACAAUGCUAGAGCAUGUACCAUUGAAAUAGAUUUACUAUAUCUUUUCACAUUCAAUCCACUCUCUCUACUUCCUUCCUCUCUCUCUAUGCAUGACAUCAAAAUCCUCAUUAUAAUAAAGAUCACGAAACAAUAAAUUUUUAUAAAUAUGGAGCUGUUACAAUUACCAUGAAUGGAAAAGGCAAUUUACCUCUUUAAAACAGUGUCCUAUUACAUAUUAGGUUUCUUAACAUUGAAUGGAUUGUGGAUGAAUCCCUCAUAACAACAACUAAAGCAAAAUUAGACUUUGUGAAUAGAACUUUAAAAACUGAUGUGAUGGCACUGAGGGGGCAAUGGCUUGAAAUGAUUGAAAAUUCAUUAUUGAAGUUCUCAAACUAUUGUUGUGUUUCUGAAUUUUUUUAUUUGAGUUCAGGCCUACCUCCAGUCUGUUCAUGUAACCGCUCAUGGUAUUUUGGGCAUGACAGUAUUAGAAAACAGAGCCUACAUCACAGCUGUGCUUCAUGUGGACAGGGAAGAGAUACAGACGAUCAAAAUAUCUGGACCAGAACUUGUUGGUAAAGGAAGCAUUCAGUUUUAUAAAAUGCAUCAUUUCCUUUAAAAGUUUAAGGAAACAUGUAGCAUCAAGUUCUUGAAUGCUAAGUGCAAACAGAUCCAUUCUAGUUUUGGCUUUGAUUUUUCUAGCAUUAACAAGUUGUCACAGCUUCAUCAAUAGAUGGUUUACCUAUAUGUAAACUUGUAUUCAAUUAGCAAAUGAGCUGAAAUGUUCAUAAUUGGUUGACCGUCUUAUCAUUCAAAUAUCUUUGAGGGCCCACAUAUAUUCAACAUAUGUAUAAUUAUUUAUAACAAACACACAAAUAGAAUCAAUUUAUAUUAUAAAUUACAUUAUGUAAAAAUAAUUUGACACAAUUUCAAAAAUAGCUUCAUUGGACUCCUCAUGGGCCUGUGAAAACAAGUUGUAUAACCAACCUCUGCACUACAUGCAUCAUGAAGUUUUAUAUGGGGUUGUUUUGUUUUGUUGGUCAAAUUUUUACAAAAAUCAUCUGUCUGUGGGCUGUUCAAGUAAAAUUAACCAUAAAAUGUCCUCUGUGGCAUAAUGAGCCACCAUCAAACUAACAUUUAAUUGAUUUAACUUUCAGAUAUUCCCCCUAUUGAGAUCAAUGUGACGCCAUCUUUUAAUGGUGUUUUAAUGGCAUCUGUUGAUAUCAGCAGUCAGCUGCCUUUCAUUAAUACAGGUACUCCUCACAUUUGUUACAACUAGGUCUGCUCAUUAUUAUCAUUUGCUUUGUGGAAACUAAGUAAAUUGAGAAAUUUUAAUUUAGUAUUUUGUUGUUUUUUUAAUACAUAUUGAAAUAUGUCUAUAUUUAUUAUACGUUAGUGAGGUUUCUAAAGUCUGUUACUAUAAUAACUGACAAGGAGAAAGAUGUUCUGGAGGGAGAUUUGGAGGAAGGCAUGUUUGUAAGUAAAACUUAACAAAGUUACAUUAAACUAUAAUAGAUUAUACACAAUCUGCUCUUCUAUUACCCUAUUCUAGUCUGCUAUUCUAUUACCCCUAUAUCAGUGGCCCCCAAACACCGGGCUGCGGACCGAUACCGGUCCGUGGAUAAAAUGGAAAAGAAAUAUUCAAUUAUUUCCAUUUUAUAAGCUUACCAGAUUUUCUGGAUGAUAAGUACGGACACAGAGGCUCACAGCAACCGGAACCAUAGAGGCGGUUAGGGUGGGGUGGUGGUGUUGUCCUGGUUUUUUUUUUGGGGGGGGGGGUUUUCCCCCCCCCCCCUUCCCCCACCUGGUGUAAGUGGCUUUUUGUCCCCCCUCCUUUUAAAAAAAACCAAUGGGGGGGGUGGGGGGGGGGGGGGGUGUUGUCCGGGUUUUUUGGGGGGGGGGGGGGCCCACCCCCCCCCCCCUUCCCUAAACUGGUACAAGUAGCUUUUAGCCCCCAUCCCUUUAAAAAAAAACCAAAGACAUCAAACAAUUUAAUGGGUAAUUUUGACGUCUCUGAAUAAACAUUUUUUUUUUUUAAAUGAGUCACGUGUUUAUAUAGCCGACAAUUUGGCCAGCCCAGUGGUCCCCAUAUUAUGAGUCGCUCUGGUUGCCAUGUUGCCCUCGGGCAGAGCCAUGAGAAUAGGGCAAAGAGGGCAGUUACAGCGGGCACCAAAUUCUUCUUUAUAUGGUAUCUUAAUAGUGAAUUAAAGUAUUAAUGGCGGAAUACCCUGAGAUUGCCACCACAGCACUUAAAUACCUAUUGCCAUUUCCGACAUCCUAUCUGUGUGAAGAGGGGUUUUCUGCAGUGACAGCAACCAAAACAAAACAACGGAAUAAACUGGACAUAAGCAGCACACUUCGCGUUUCAUUGUCUCUUAUUACCCCAAGAUGGAACCAGGGCCGGCCUUAGGCCACUGCAACCUAUGCGGCGCAGUGGGCCCCGCACUUUUUCCUAAUAAAAUAUCUUAAUUUUCACUUAUUAUCCUUAUCCCUAUCCAGGCUGGGCCCCGCGCAGUCCGUUUCGCAUAGGGCCCCGCAAUUAUUAGGGCCGGCCCUGGAUGGAACCAUCUCGUUGCAGAAAAACAAGCUCAUGGUUCUCAUUAAUUUAGCGUUAUAGGGAGUUAAAAUGAUAAAUCAGUUUAUAUUCAUUUUUGAUGUAACUGUAUUUUAUUUUGAAGCCAUGUUUAACUACAAUAAAAUAAAAAUUAAAAAACAAAACAAUCCAAAAUAUAAACAAUCGACACCCUCAACCCCUCAGCGGGCCGCUGUAAAAUUAUCAAACGUUGACCGGUCCGCUGCCAUAAAAAGUUUGGGGACCACUGCCCUAUAUUAUAACUAGUUAUAACCCAACAAACAAUGGCAGCGUCAAUGUGUGUGUAUAAAGCUACUUGACAAAACAUGCAUUCAAGAAAAGCACUUUAAAAGCACCACCCCCUACACACACACACACUUUUUUAUGCCCCUGACCUAUAUUUGUAUUCUAAUGGUUUCUCCCCCCCCCCCCCACAACUUUUUUUUUACACAGAUUUAUUACAUCAUAUUUAAAUCGAGACUAUUUUAUUAAACAAUUUAUGCACCAAAAGCAGUUGCAGUAUUUUUAAGAAUCUCAUUUUGCUCAGUUAUCAGGAAUUUUAUUUUCCACUCUAUUGAACUCAUCGUUACACCAUACUUUCUUUCAUACCUAGAGAAUUAUAUUGUGGUAUUAUAUUGAUAUUCUUGCAAAUCAGGCUGUUCUCAGAGAUGGCAGGGGUCAAGUGCAGGGAAUGGCAGAUCUCCAGUUCACACAGGGACAAUGGUUAAAAGUGGAUAUUGUGGUAAACAAAAUGAAACAACUCUUUAACAAAUAAGCCACACUGGAAAAUAAAUCUUGCAUUUUAUAUGAGUUGAAUCAGUUUAAAAAUAAAUUUCUUAAAAAAUAGCCACCUGUUACAGUUUAAGAUCACUUGUGGUUCCUUCUCCUUUUGUUACCCAAGCAGAAUUCUGCUACAAAUAUCCAAGCACAUAAGUUACUAGGAGUUUACAAUUUAUCAAAUUACAGAGUUUAUAAUCCUACACCUCAAAUGACUGUCUAGCAAAGAGGAAUGUGGCACAUGCAAAAAUUAGUAAGCAUGUUUAGUUCUUAAAAUGUAAAUUUUUGCGUUUCAAAGCUGAAUGACCUGUCCCCAAAAGUCUUAACGGCCUUACUUCUUGGGCCAGAAAACAGUGUUCUGUUAGAUCUGAGCAGGGAGACCAUUCACUGUACACAGGCAUUCUGCUGUCUGGAGGCCAUUGCUCACGUAUGUGAAAAAAACAUGCAAUUAAUCAUAAGAUUUAUUUCUGUUUCUAUGAUUGAUAUAACUUCUUUUGUGAUAAAUGGUGAUCAAUUUAAGAGAUACAUCAUUUUUUUUCCCCCAGUUUAUUAAAAAAAAUUUUCAAUUAAAAUUGAGGGUUUUUUUUUCAUUCAUCACUGUCACUUAAUUACAAUACAACGAUUCUGUUUGUUUGUUUGUAGGAAGUUACUAGUGAACUUGUCCUUCACCUUAUGAAAGGUCAGGCCAUAGUUAGAGUAACAACAGAAGGUGGAAAUGUCACAGGCAAUGUAAGUCCAUUUUAUAUUAGUUAUGUUACCUGCUUCUGCUUGUCAAAUUACCUGCACAUAUUUAACAAAUGGCUGAUGGCUUUCUAAUGUUAGUUAUUAAUUCAUUUUAAAAAAAUGUUGUUUCUGUAUAUUUUAAUCUGUAAAUUCUGCUCAAGCUUUAUAAUUAGCCCACAAAUAAUGGUUUUAAAUUGCAGGUCUUGGGGUCUCCUUUUGGUUAUUGCAACCUGGCAGGUGGAGCUUGUAAGUAACUUUUUAUUGUCUUAAUUUCCACUUUGCACACCCUACAAAGUCAAAGAGAAAGUUAAUGUUAGAAAAACAGAGGAAAGUAGAUACUUAGUUUAAAGGAAUAGUGAUGAGAAAGAGGUCCAGGAGAAUAGUAAAGAGCUGAAGGCAAGUGUACCCACAAAUAUCAUGUCUACAGGUCAGGAGUUAUUUUACCAGUUUUCUAUGAGUGGCCUGGGUGUGGAGGAGAUGAGAAAUGAUGGAGAAAUGGAGGAGAAAAGAGGCUGGCAAGAAACAGAAACCUAUGUUUUAGACCGGGCCAACAUACUUCAGUACUGGUGGGUAAUUUUUUUUACUCCCAUUUGGUGCUGGACACAUAUAUUAAAUACUUGUUUAGCAUGUUUGUCCGCUUAUUAUUGUAUAGACUCUUACUCUUCAAAUAUGUUUGAUUGUUGAUGUUUGUUUUAAAGAUCAAUCCUUAUCUGUAAUGUCUAGUGUACAAGUAGACAACCCUGCAUGGAGUGGCAAAAAUUACACCCUGAGCCUUGUGACAAGGGAUGAACAAAUAGAUGAAGUACCAUUUAAUCCACUGCAGGAUUUUACUCAUUCCUUCAUUGCUUGUGUAAGUACAAAAAGCACUAAUUUUUAGUGGUGAGGCUUUGGUAGCCAUCACACCACCUAGGCCCUGCAGGGCUUUUUAAAGAAUGAUAUUUUACCUCAUCUGAGCACAUAUUUACCAUAUUUGAAAACAAGUCUGCAGUUGUAAUUGAGACAACCAAUUAAAAUUGGAGUUACCUGUUGCACAUCAUAAAUGUCUUAAAUCUGAUUAUAAAUUAACCAGAGAGACAGUUAUUUUGAUAGUUUUGAAGCACAAUGAAAGUGCAAAAGCCAAUUUCAAAAGUUAGUUGAUAGUCACAAGAAAGUAAAAAGUGUAUUUGAAUUUAGUAUUGACCCUUUUUUUUCACAGAAUAACAUUCCAUUGGAUGAAAACUCACCUCUCAUUUCUUCCCUGGCUGUCAACUCACACAAACCAAUGACCCUGGUGAUAAAUGAUGGCCUACAUAAGUUGGUAUCCCAGGAGCUCCCACACAUCUCGAGAGGAGAAUGUAUACAGAGUAAGGUCAGUGACCAUCUUACCACAGAAUUCCUCUUUAAUGUUGAUAAUUCUUGUACCGGGUAUAUAAGAUUUAUUAUAUCAGAAAUCUUUGAUAAAUAACUGUAAGGAAUAGCAUGUGACUUAUCCUCACACACAAAACACUAGAGGAUAAAGAACCUUUGCAGGUAGACACUUUGGCUAUUAUAUCAAUCAGGUUUUGUUAUCCUGAAUGUUACUUUCACACAUUUAGCAGAAUCUGUCAUUUAUUAGCAGUUAUUUGGAUUAAUAGUCUAUUUAAAUAUAGUUUGCUUUAGGAAUUUUCAGUAUCAGUAGGCCAUAACUUAUAUGAUCAAAGGAUGCUUUUGUGAUUUAAACAAAUAGGUCAAUCUAGGUAAAUUUAUUUUCAAUCCAUAGAUCCAUGUUGUGGGCAAAGAUAAAAGUUACUGGUCACCUGACUCUGCACCAUUCCAAGAUAUUUAUGCUGUGGUCUCUGACAAUCUGAAGUUUAUUUUUGAAAAGAACUCUACACUUUACCUUAUGGCUUCUGAAGUUUGUAAUUUUGAAACUUUUAAAUAGACAGAUAAAUGAAAUAUCAGCUAUCUUUAUUCUGCUAAAAACACAAUGUCACUGUUUCGGUCAGUGCUUCUGAAAGCUAAAAAUAACUUGCAUUCUAUUUUUAAAGAUUUACUUUUUUUUUUACUGGUAUCCAAAUUAUUUUCAUAAAUACAAAAAGCUGCAUCUUGCUAAAAAUAUAAAUUUAUGACAGCUUUAUAUUGCUUUCUAUUUUUCAUAACAUCAUUUUCGUUACUCUUUAGAAAGCAUACAGAAAUUGUGACUUCAGUGGAGCCAAGCUGCUUCCUGCCAUGGACACAUUAGGGGAAACUGCCUUCUAUCUGCACUCUAUAACGGAAGCUGGGAAACUUUACUUUUCUGAUGGCACACUUUGCAAUACAUCUAGUCCUCAGAAGAUCACAGUCCAUGUCAUUGGUGGAGGUAAUGCUUUUGAAGGGAGGUAUCUAUAUGGGGGGAAUUUAUUUAUUUAUUUCUGUAAACAAAAAAUUCUGAUGAGUAAAUUUUAUACUAGAUUCAUAAAUUUUAAAUCUCCCAUUUAAGGUUAUAAAAAUGUGUUUCUGAAUUCAUUUUAUACCUUAAUGAUAUUCUAAUACAGAUUUGUUGACUGGCAAAUAUUUUCUUGUUAAGUUACAGGUGUGAAAGAUGGGGUAGGCAAACAUUUUGCGCAGAGGGCCGUAGCAAAUGAUUUUUUUUAUUUGGUGUACUGUUAAGAAAAAUUAUUGUAAUAAAAAAUUACUAGAGGAACGAUAAUCAUUCUCUGUGUGGAAAUAAUAAUUAUUAUUUAUAACUCAAGUUAUUUUCAUAAUAGUAAAUAAUUCAAACAACAAAAUUGGUAAACUUCUAAAAAAAGUUUACAGCACACUUGUCAAGCCAAGAAGACUGUGCCAUUAUUUCCACACAGAGAGGGAUUAUCGCUUCUCUUAACUGCGGAAGAGAGCUUAGAAAGACAGUGCUAUAACUUUUAGAAUUUAUCUAAUGAUAUAACGGGACUUGUUUGCUCCGCCAGAUUUGUUCAGAGAAUUCUGUGUAUUUUAAAAUACAUUAUAGAAGAUUUGCUUUGACAAAUCACACCCAGUUCAGUAGCAAAUAAGCAAUUUAAUCAUUUUUAAAUCUCCUGUGAUUAUCAUUACAUGCUGACAAUUUUGCACUGUCUUGUUAAUGUUCAAGAUUUCUAAAGAAAAUCAUUUGAAAAUUUGGAUAUUUUAUAAAAACAUUAAUCCUUUUCCCAGAUUGUCUUGCAUGUCACAUAAACAUCUCUCCAGAUCUCAACUCUGCUCUAGACUAAAGCACUUGCUUAUAAAAUAGAACUAUAAACAAAUGUGUUAAGGAUUAUUUAAUUCAACAUAGUGCCAGUAUCGCUAUUUAUAUGCAUGCAAUUUAAAAUUAAUCUUUUUUAAAAGAAAGUGUAGGAAUUAAUAAAGUAAUGCAAUAUACUUAUUUUGUGCCUAAUUGUAUUUCUCAUAAUAUACUGUUUAGUAGAGACGGUGUCAUAAAAAAAUCUAUAUUUCUAUUCAGCAAGCGCAAUGCAGGAUGACCGUCGUGAUGAAUGGUGUCGUAAAUCCAUAUACAAUGUCUGGCGAGAUGAGCAGCUCAAGACCUGGGAAGAACCAGAUGUAUCUGGACGAAUUCUGAUUGGCUUGUUGGUUGGAUUGGCCAGCGCUGGUGUAUUUUUGGCUUGGCAGGGAGUCAGGAUAAAGAGGUCGACAGAAUCGUUCAGGGGUCACAGUGAUAAUGUUUUUGUUAGGUUUUAACCAUUUUCAAUGUUCACUUUGCUAGACCUUUUCAGUAAAAUUAAUUGGAUUUUUUACUGGGUGAAAAUAUUUUAAGGUGAGCGAUUUCAUGAGAUGAAGAGUUUUGGUUUUGUUUAGUUUUGAAAAAUACUGACUGUUAAAUAGUGUAAACCCAAUUUUACUAGUUCUGGAAUGCACAUUGCACUGUGUUACUAUUAACUUCAGUGUACUUUCCAAAUAUUUAAUAGUACAGUAGCAUUAACUUUUUUAAGUGCUUGCAUAAGUCAUACUGAGCAGUUUACACUUUACAUUCAAAAAUGUAAUAGAAAUGUGAUAUUAAAGCAGACUGGUCAAGCCUUUCAGAAGUGUAAAAGAUUCCUUUCUUCAUUGCCACGUUAUGGAAAUAAAUUAACCAGGGAAAUGAUAUAACUAACAAAUAGGCAUCAG